CGGACGCCCGCCGGGGACGCCGCAGACAGUCCCACCCCCAGGGGCGACAGCGACUCUUCUGAAUUCCGGAAAGAACCUUUUCUAGAGGGACCGGAAGCCCGGUGGGGACCGUGGCGGGAACGGACUGCCCUACCAACUGUUCUUCCGGGUCCGGAAGGUGAUCUCCGCCCAUGCUCAGAAUCCAGGGGCCUGGGGCCGUAGAAGCCGCCGGCUUUUCCCUCCUCGCGCGCCGCUGCGGGUGCAAUUCCUCAGGUCCCAGUCUACCCUGGGCCCAAGGGCUUCUGGGCUCCGAUUUGAGGCGAAGCCACCCCAGAACCGUAAUUUUUCUGCAGUCAUUUAUUUUUCACCUUUCAGGAGAAACAUGAACCGGAAGCUACUGAAGUUGGAGAACUUGCUACGAUUUCACACUAUUUAUAGGCAACUGCACAGUCUGUGUCAAAGAAGAGCAUUAAGACAGUGGAGGCAUGGGUUUUCAUCUCCGUACCCUGUGUGGACAGCUCAGCUGUAUCCCUGGCCCUGGCCAACAGAUGUGCUCAUUGGGGCUGCUUUAUCUCAGCAUAGGCUUCUAGUAACAAAAAAGGAAGAAAGACCACAGAAAUCUCAGUUAUCUUCAACAAAGUCUAAAAAGGAGGUAGAAGUAUGGUUUGGAAUGACUGUUGAGGAACUGGGCAGGGCAAUGGGAAAAAACACAGAUUUUGUAUAUGAAGCUUUGUUGAACACUGCUGUUGACAUAGAUUCACUGGAAGCAGACUCACCUUUAGAUGAAGUCUGGAUCAAAGAAGUGAUAAAGAAAGCAGGGUUGAAGUUAAAGUGGAGUAAAGUAAAACAGGACAAAGUCAGAAAAAAUAAAGAUGCUGUAAGAAGGCCCCAGGCAGAUCCAGCUUUAUUAACCCCAAGGUUCCCAGUUGUUACUAUAAUGGGACAUGUUGAUCAUGGGAAAACGACGUUACUUGACAAACUUCGAAAAACUCAAGUGGCAGCAAUGGAAGCUGGAGGCAUCACUCAGCACAUUGGUGCCUUUCUUGUGUCUCUGCCUUCUGGGGAAAAGAUAACUUUUCUUGAUACUCCAGGACAUGCUGCUUUCUCAGCAAUGAGAGCCAGAGGGGCUCAGGUCACUGACAUUGUCAUAUUGGUUGUAGCUGCAGAUGACGGGGUGAUGAAACAAACUGUGGAAUCCAUUCAGCAUGCCAAAGAUGCUCAAGUUCCUAUUGUCCUUGCCAUAAAUAAAUGUGACAAAGCUGAGGCUGAUCCUGAGAAAGUGAAAAAAGAACUACUGGCUUAUGAUUUGGUGUGUGAAGAUUAUGGAGGUGAUAUUCAGGCAGUGCCUGUCUCUGCACUUACGGGUGAUAAUCUGAUGGCUUUGGCAGAAGCAACAAUUGCUCUUGCAGAAAUGUUAGAACUGAAAGCAGAUCCAACUGGUCCAGUGGAAGGAACAGUAAUAGAGUCUUUCACAGACAAAGGAAGAGGUCCUGUUACUACAGCUAUAAUUCAAAGAGGAACUUUAAGAAAAGGCUCUGUUCUGGUUGCUGGAAAAAGUUGGGCAAAAGUUCGCUUAAUGUUUGAUGAAAAUGGAAAAACAAUUGAUGAGGCCUAUCCCAGCAUGCCAGUGGGAAUUACAGGCUGGAGAAACCUUCCUUCGGCAGGAGAAGAAAUUCUUGAAGUCGAAUCUGAGCAAAGGGCACGUGAAGUUGUUGACUGGAGGAAGUAUGAACAAGAACAGGAGAAAAGUCAAGAGGAUAUGAAAAUAAUUGAAGAAAAGCGAAAGGAACACCAAGCAGCACAUUGGAAAGCCCGUGAGAAGUAUGGCAACAUGCAGUGGAAGGAGAGAGCAUAUCGAAAGUAUUUAGAAGGAAAAGGACAAACAUUCUUAAGGCCAAAAGAGAAAAUGGAAAGAGAUUCAAAUGUACUUCCUGUGAUUAUUAAAGGUGAUGUUGAUGGUUCUGUUGAGGCCAUUUUGAACAUCAUAGAUACCUAUGAUGCUUCACAUGAAUGUGAACUAGAAUUAAUACAUUUUGGAGUGGGUGAUAUAAGUGCAAAUGAUGUUAACCUUGCUGAAACAUUUUGUGGUGUUAUAUAUGGCUUUAAUGUGAAUGCGGGCAAUGUUAUCCAACAGUCAGCUGCAAAAAAAGGAGUAAAAAUUAAACUUCACAAAAUAAUUUACCAUCUUGUUGAAGAUUUGCAAGAAGAACUGAGCAGCAGAUUACCCUGUGCUGUGGAAGAGCACCCAGUAGGUGAAGCGUCUAUACUAGCUAUUUUCUCUGUAACAGAAGGGAAGAAAAAAGUUCCUGUGGCUGGCUGCAGAGUCCAAAAAGGACAGUUAGAAAAACAAAAAAAUUUUAAAUUAAUCCGUAAUGGACAUGUAAUUUGGAAGGGCUUAUUAACCUCACUGAAACACCAUAAAGAUGACAUUUCAAUUGUCAAAACUGGAAUGGAUUGUGGUCUCAGUUUAGAUGAAGAAAAUAUAGAAUUCAAAGUAGGAGAUAUAAUUGUUUGUUAUGAAGAAAAGCACAUUGAAGCCAAGACUUCUUGGGAUCCAGGAUUUUAAAGUUACAUUAAAAAUGUAAAUAACUCAA